AUGAUGUGCUAUAUACUGAUACUGAUAUUUCUUAGUAGUAAAGUUCUAGCAUUGGAAAAUGAAAUAAAUAUGAUAGCAGAUGUUAUAGCUUUCUAUAACAAACCAUCUGGAAUUUUAGUCCGCGCUUGUUGGGGAGCACCAUUUAAAAAAAAGCUUAUCAAUGAAUUAAAUAAUAUGGCACCACCAAAACCGGUGCAGUUCAUACGAGAUGUUGAGGAUAUACCCAGUGCUUUUUCAAGACAAGAUUUGAUGAUUAUUUGUGACACUAAUUGUUCUGACAAUAAACAAUUUCUGGCUAAAUUAGAUAGAAUGGUUUUACGACCUGAUAUAAGUGAGAUUGCUAUGAUGAUCAUUGGUGCAGUUACACAACAAGGAAGUUGUACUGAAUUUAAAGCAAAUAUCGUUGCUUUAUUACAAUCCACGUCCAAUCAAAUUCGAACCUUGACAGAUUUGUUCAACUCUAAACUAGAACUAGGCGUUGAAGAUACACCUUAUAAUCGAUAUUUCUUCUCGGCAGCAACUGAGCCACUUAAGAAAGCUAUUUAUGACAAGAAAAUAGCUCCGAGAGGAUCAAAAGCGAAUUUCAUAAGUUUACAAGAAGGAGUUCUUAAACUACAAAAGAAACCUUUUGCUUUCAAUAUGUUUCUGGGUAGUGGAUACAGAUUGGUAGAAAAAUAUUUUCUAGAGCAUGAAAAAUGUGGACUACAAGAAAUAGCAUAUAUAGACGAAAACAAGCCGUGGCAGGCAUGUGGCAAAAAAUCUCCUUUUAAGGAAAUCUUUAAAAUUGGAUUAUUUAGAAAUGUAGAGCACGGUAUAAACUCUCGCGAGACUCGGUUACUGUUCGCAAAGAAGCCAGCAUGUACUGCUCACGGUGUGUACAAAAUAAUGUAUACAAAGUUUAUAUUGCUUGUAUUCGCUUGUGUCGUUGGAAAAUCUAUAGGACGAUUACGAUGUUACGCAUGUGGUUUCUCCUCAGUCGACACGGACAGAUCUUGUCUCACCAUAACCAACAGCACGCCAAGGGUAGAAUGCACUAUGACGUAUUGCACCAUACAGCGUCAGGAAUUUCGUGAUCCAGCAGGCGUCGUAGCUAGUUUUACCCGUGGUUGUGUAGAUAACCCGGUUUUCUUAAAUCAUCUAGUAGAAGAUGAAACGUUUCGGACUUACUAUCGGGCUUGCACUAAUGAUCUCUGUAAUAUAGGGGAUGGAAUUCAAUCGGUAACAGGAGGUAGUUUGUCUCCUACUCCAGCUUACAACGGCACAAAUUUAUACGUUCCUGGAACAAAUAGCGCGGGAAAUAAUCAAAACCAUUUAUUUAUAUUUAUUACCAUAACAAUACUUUAUCUGCUUUUG